GCCCAACUCGCCGUCUUCCUAUACAAUCAUCUGAGAUCCCUAAUUGCAGCUGUUUUUACAUUACACACAUCAUACUUGACCAUUUUCGCACUGAUCUGAAAAACAAAAGUUACAGAGGAGGAUAAUCUUUGCGUUACUCACUAUUUAAACUUCUUACUGAUGGCGGACGAGGAGCCUGUUGAUCCUAAGAGGGAGAUUGAAGAAAGCAUAUGCAAGCCCAAAUGCGUGAAACCCUUACUUGACUACCAGGCUUGUAUUAAAAGAAUCAAGGAUGAUGAAAGUGGACAUAAGCAUUGCACAGGACAGUAUUUCGACUACUGGUCUUGUAUUGAUAAAUGUGUUGCCCCAAGAUUAUUUGCUAAGCUGAAAUAAUGAUGGCAUCCUGGUGGUGUUGCUGCUGUGGUGCAAGCUCUACCUUUUUUCUACUCACCUUGUGGUUCUGUGCUGCACAAUGUCGCCUUUGAAUUGUAUUUUUUUGUUCUCUUUAAAAAGGAAAAAAGAGACUAAUUUUUGAGCAUACUGAAGACUGUUUCUAGAAUAAAAAAAAGUUGUGCUUGUUUUGACA